AUGUCUGAUCUCCCUUUUCAUCCGAGUGAUGUUGCGAAAAAGCGCCGACGCGCGCGAGAGAAAAGCCCUCUGAGCUCCGUUCCGGAAAGACCUACCUCGUGUCCACGUAAGGAGGAAAGCAUCCCCCGUGGGGGCUCGUCCCAGGGCGUAUUUAACAUCAAUCCCCCACGUAGCCCCUCCUGCCGUACCCGCUCGCCACAGUGGCAUUACACAAACGCCCACAGCUGCCUGUUGUGUGGCCGAAUGAACUGCACCUGCCCCACGCCGCGGCCGGACCCGGAUGAGGUCCGUCAGAAGUUGGGCUCGCUCCGGCUCAACACGCCGUACGAGCGCGCCAAGGUGGCCCGCCACGCCGACACACUCCGUCACGACGAAUCCCGCCGACGCCAGAGGCUCGUCAAACUUUUUGAGGUCGGGUAUUCCCGUCUUCAGCAGGCAGAACGGACGGCGCGACAGAUAAUUGUCUUGAAUGAGUUAGAGAGUGGUAAUCGUCAAACUAUUAUCCUUAGAGAGAAACGAGAACGGGCUGGGUAUUUGAACCGACUCGACAAGCAAGCCACCCUGGCCGCUAUGACCCAUCACGAGCGUGAGCGACGGCAGUACAUCAGUACGUUGGAGCGGAUGGAACGGGUGGGACUCGUAUCACAGGCUUAUAAAAGCGAGAAGAUAUCGUAUCUUAAUUCUCGUGAGGCAUGCUCACGGCAAACAAUCCUUUUCAGCGAGAGUGGUGAGCGGAAUGGACUUUUCGCGGCGCACCUCGAUUUUAUGAGAGGCUUUCGAAGCGGCGAACUCGCGGUACGACAGCUUUGGAUGGCCUUCUGCCAAUCUCGUGAAGGUUUGGAGAAGGAGUGCGCAACGGAGCUGGAGAUGAUCCUCGACACAGCAUUGACCUGCAGGCGGUGCAUUAUUGAUUCUCUCGCACAACGCACAGCUAUGCUGGAAUCUGCUGUUAAGACACUCCGUGAUAUCUCGGAAGAGGAGAGAGAUGCAAGGCACCACAUCCGGGAAGAAAUGAUGGAAGAGGGCCACUGUGUCGAAGAACGCACGCGGCUCUUUUUAUGGCAACGAAGCGGGCUCGAGAAGAUGGAGCUGUCGGUUCGCCAAAGUAUUGUCGAAGAGAUGGAAAGCUGGCUUCAACAGCUCCAUGUUGAGUGCUCGAGAGCCAAAUGGGAAGUGGAGGAAGCCGCCCAUCACAUGCAGGAAGAGCGCGAACGCGCGUUGCAGAACGCGUUGACAGUCCUAAGCGCCAUCGCCCAAGAAGAGUUAGGCGCAUUCGCGAGCCUUCUAGAGCGUAAAGCUCGUGAACACGAGAAACGGCUUCUCUGGAUUGAAGAAAAAGAGCGCUCCCAAGCCACCUUUAUCCAACGCUCCACUGCUGCAAGAGAAUUCAUCCUAAUUGAAGAAGAUAGGGCAAGACAAAAUCUUAUGAGAGACUUCGAAAAGGGUGAAAUGAACAUAUUAGAAUGGGUUACUCUAAUACAGCGCCGCCAGCAGGAGAUGUGGGCAGAAGUGGAGGCGGAAAAAGUUGAAAUAGCGAAACAAGAACACGAGCGGCGACUUCACUUGAUGUUCCUGAUGGCUAGCGAGGAAGAGUCAAUUCACCGUUGGGUACAUUUCCAGAUGCAGGUGCUUCAAAAGAAAAUUCACGAAGAGGCAAAUGAGCGACGUCUCCUUCUUCAGCAGGAAUCGGUAGACUUUGGUCUGCUGACAUGGCAUUAUUCGACAGAAAUGGAGGCGCAUGCAGCACGUCUGCAAGAAAGAAACGCACAGCGCACAAAUCUAGAACAGGGAUGUCUGGCAUAUAGAGAAAUGAUUUGCAAGGCAGAAGAAAGUGAAUGGCAGAGGCUGCUUUCUGUAGCGCAGCAGAAUCAUAGGCGGAUUUGGACUGAAUAUAAACAGCGCCACCGGUUAGAACUACUACACGCAGAGUCUCAUGCACGCGCGGAUAUCUGCCGACGUGAGGUGGAGCACCGCCAGGAGCUAUGCGCCUGCAUCGUCGUGGCGCAGCAGCAAUACAAUCAAGAAUUGGAGCCGCUGUUUGCAACGCAGCGGGCGGGUGUGGUGGCAGCGGAAAAAGAGGCCAGGCUCAGUUUGGUGCAAGAGAUAGAAAAUGACUACGAAAGCAUGUAUGUUUCGGAGCGUCAAGAGCAAUUGGAGCUUGUUUUGGAAGCCGAGAGACAAAUCCAGGAAAAACUAUACGUAAUCCAGUCGUGCCAAUGCGAAGAUGCGCGGCUGUAUGACGAACAGGAGCUGCUUCCCGAUCCCGUGGCCGACGGGGAUGAGAAUGCAAUCUUGACGGGCCUCUCCAGCAUUGACGCCGGAUACGCGUCCAAUAUGAAGCUUGAGUUGAUGCUGCGUGCGCUGGGCAACCCCACCAUCGUCAGAUCGUCCCUUUCCAGGGAAAGCAUCGACUCCGCAAUGCAAGUUAUCGAUAUCGUCAAUGGGAAGCGUGCUAAACUACAGGAUGAACUCAAAUGCGCAGAGAAAUCCGCACAGAAUGCCGCGAAGCGCCUCACCCAGGUCGAAACCAUGCUGGCCGAGGCGAAGGAGAGGAAGGAAGCCUACGCAUCCAAACAAAGCAGGAAUGCACAGGCCCACGAGCGCCGCCUAGCGAUGGACAAGUUGGAAAGGGAUCGCGGCGAAGAAGAGAUCGAAGCCAAUCGUCAGCUGCUGAUGGCAGCACUUUCCAAACUAGAAGCCAAUAAAAACGCCCUGGAAUUCCUCAGGACUUCCAUUAACAAGCAGUAUGGGCGCUAG